ACUCAAAAAUAAUUCCCCUUGGUGGUUUUGCUUGAGUGGAUUCUAAGGAAAACCAUUGCAAUUUAUUUAAACCGAGACGUCGGACAAUUGUUUAAACUGUUUUACGUGGAAGGGUAUGGUAUAUUUUCUGGGGGACUGGGGCAUGGGAGAUUCUGACUGUGCGUCAUAUCAUCAACAUGUUCCAAAUACUAUACAACAACAUCACCAAAACCAACAAUUCCAUCAUCAUCAGCAUGAGCAACAGCUGCAACAACAGCAUCAGCAACAUGUUGGCCAAGUUGCUCCUAAUCUAAACCAAUUGUCGCCACUACAAUUUGGCAGUCAUAGUGCAACUUCGUCGUCAUCAUCAUCGGCCACACCGUCAUUGGCAGCAACAGCUUUAAGCAACGCCGCAGUUGUCGACUUUGCCGCCGCCGUCGCCGCCACCACCCAACAGCCCCAACAUGUUGCCACAAGCACUUUGGUCACUGCCAAUUUGCAGCAAUUGUCUGUAAGCAGCAAUAAUUUGAAAUCGUUGGCUAGCUCAACUGUUGCCAACAAUUCAGUUUUGCAUCCACUGCAGCAGCAGUCCAACAACAAUCAGCAGCAGCAGCAACAACCACCGCAAGCCCAUCCCUUAGCCAAUGCCGCUUCUGCCCUACAUCAGUAUUUAGGACAUCAGCGUCAACGUUCAGAAUCGUGUGCAGGCUUGGCGACAAACACCGGUGCUAUUGACUUUGUUCGAGGCAAACAUGCAGUUUCUGAAUCCUCAUCAACCAACAAUGUGGGCAAAACUAGUGGUAGUGGCAAUUUUAAUCUCAAUGUAGCAGCAUCAGCAACAGCAGCAACAACAAAUCAUUUGGGUGUUUUAGCUACACAACAACAGCAAACACUAAAACAACACUUUCAGACCCAGUUGAGCAAGGAUCAUUUGGAAAGUGAAGAUGAAGUUGCAUUACAGCCUUUAUCUAACCAGGUCGGAGGACACACCCGCCUAUUGUUGCUUAAUCAAUCGACUGUUAUAAAGCCGCUUAAUUUGCGUGAAUUGGAUUUUUAUCAAAACAUUCCGCAGGAUAUACAGAAGUUUGUUCCCAAAUAUAAAGGUGUUAUGCAAGCCACUACAAUGGGAGGUUGUAAACUAGAGAAACGUUAUUCGCCCAGCUUCCGCGAAGAGCCCCAACGCAAGAUGAGUGCCUCCAAACGAAAACGGGAUGAGAUCUUGAGAAUGAAAGUACACAAGAACGGCAAUGCGGCUGAUGUCAUCAAGAGUAUCUCACAAUUGGACAAUUCCAACAAGCAAUAUUUCCUUAUGUUGGAAAAUAUCACAUCUCAGUUUCGUAAUCCCUGUAUAUUGGAUUUAAAGAUGGGCACACGCCAACAUGGAGACGAUGCAUCGGCGGAGAAACGUUCUAAGCAAAUGGCCAAGUGUGCUGCCAGCACAUCGGCAUCGUUGGGAGUGCGCCUGUGUGGCAUGCAAACAUACCAAGUACAUCUGGAUCAGUACGCCAAGCGUGAUAAAUAUUGGGGCCGUGAGUUGAAUGAGAUGGGCUUCAAGCAGGCACUGCAUGAUUUCUUCUAUAACGGAUAUCGUUUGCGCACACGUGUCAUACGCAAAAUUGUACAGCGUUUGCUACAAUUGCGCCGAGUGAUUGAGAAACAAUCCAGUUAUAGAUUUUACUCCUGCUCACUUUUAAUAGUUUACGAAGGUUUUGAGGACAAUCCCAUGGUACAACCUAUGGACUUUGAUGAUUGGGUCACACCCUCCACACCUAAGAAGUCCACUAAGAAAUCAAGCACCUUUGACUAUCAUCCAGAUAAUAGUAUUGACGAUGACGAUGACAUUGAGGAUGAAGUCGACCAUGAUGAAGAGGAGGAGGGCAAUGAAGGUGGCGACGAAUUAGAACUACAUGAUACCGACGAAGACUUACAUUUGGUGGCGGCAGAUAGUGGAAAUGCCUCUGCCACUAACAGCAGCACCGGUGGCGAGCAGUGCUGCUAUGAUGCAGAUGCUUCGAACGAUUCUACCAACGAUAUGAAUCUCAGAACCCGCAUUAGACAUUUGCAUAAUACUACACGCGGCACAUCGGCGGCAGUGUUGUCCUCAGUCUCAACGGUGGCAGCAUCUGCCUUGGAUGCUACAAAUCCUGGCUUUGACAAACACAAUUUGUCCUCGUCGUCGGAAGCGGAGGCAGAAGAGGAUGCCAACAAUGUUGUGAUGACUGAAAGUGAUAGUAGAUCUAUGCCACCACCACCUCCAUUAGCCGGUUCUAAUGUGGGCCUCAGCAAAUCCUCAGAGUUAACACGGCCAUCAGCCUCAUCGACCCCCUCCACCACACCUGCACCAUUCAUUCCCAUUUCCGAAGAAACAGUAUUCUUAGAUCCUGAACCACCCAUGCCCAGUAUAGCCACAUCUUCGCCACACUCCGGCGAUUCCUGGAUGAACUACAGCAGCAACAGCAGCGAUGACUUCUCCGGUCUAUCCGAGCAAAUCAAAGCUGUGACAAGCGGCCGCCAGACUGGCAAUAAUAGUUCAGACGAAGCUUCUUCGGACUAUGACAGCAGCAUUAUAAGCCAAACGGAAGUGAUGCUGAAACGCUACAAAUCGCAACAGGAUGCAUUUGAGGCCGCUGCAGCAGCGACGGCCACACCUCCUCCCACACCCAAACCUUUGAGUCGCAAGAAACACAAGAAUUCCUCGCUAAAUUCAUCCUCUACCGUAAAUGCAUCGCCAGCAUCCUCUACAACAUCAUCGCUUAAAUCUGUCAAAGGUGCUGUCAAACGUUUGCGUUGCAAGGAUGACGAUGAAGAUGAUGCCAUCAAUCGCUCUGAAGGUCACGAAAGAAAGGAAGCUCACAACAACUCGUCACAGGCUAAAAAGUCCACUAAAACAUCCACUUCACUGUCAUCAUCGACACCCGUGUCCAUUAUGAAUUCACCAUCAAAGAGCCAACAACAAAUACCAACGCCACCACCACCUGCCUCUAUGGCAAAGGAAAGUGCACAAAUUAAACAAUUUCUACUAAAUGCUUUGCAUCGUGUGGACACAAGUUCGGUGUCUGCGGACACAACGCCAACAGCAUCAGCAUCAGAUGCUUCCAUGACACCAGCAACAACACCCACAACAACAACAACGGGGCCAAAACUACCACCCGUGCUGCCGGCACCACAGCAAAAGGAGUCCGCAACAAAACAACAACUACCCAAGAAAUCAAUGCACCGAAAAUUCAUGCAGCACAUUUCAAAGUCCCUAGACAUCGACACAAACACAGCCUGCGAUGAUAUGCAUUGUGUAGUGGAUGUUCGACUCAUAGAUUUUGCCCACACUGCAUUUGUGCCACGCAAUGGUUCGGCUCUGUUCCCCACACCACCAACAACCAUACACCAUGGACCCGACAAUGGUUUCCUCACUGGGCUAGACAGUUUGAAUCGUUUACUAAACGAAAUUCUAAACGAGGAAGUUAUGUGUUAGGAAUGAACCAACACAUCUCAAAGAGGUAUUAAACGAAAGCUUUAUGUAAGACAACAAAGAUAAAAGAAACAAGGAAACAGGAAUCAAAGUACUACUACUACAACUAAACAAACACACACACACCCAAACCACACCACAAAAAACUUUCUCAUGAAAAGUUCAAAACCAAUAAAAUAAAAAGUACAAGCUAAAAAAUGAUUUCCUUUCGAAAAAAACCUUAGAAAUGGUUUUUGUUUCUUUGGAAAAGAAAUGAAUUGACAAAUCAUUGAUUUUCUGUCAUUUUGUUGAAUAAAGCACAACCCCUGCCACAACAAACCCACAAGAGAGAAUGUCAAAAGGUUAUAAGGCCCCCCUCCCAUAGCGUAUAUGUCUCUACAUAAGCUGAGCUUAUAACAACCUACAGAUGACCGCAGUGCAUACAAAUGGAAAUACCCUCCUCUUCGGCCCUCCUCCCCACAUAAAACCACUGUUUAAAGUAAACCAACUUAAGAGUGAAAUCAUGCCAAUGUGAUAAAAAAAACAAAACAACUGAAAACCAAUAAUGAAAUCAUUAAUAACCCCAGAUUUUUUUAAUAUUAUAAUUAAGACUUAAGCAUAAUUUUUAAAACUUAAGAUUUUGAAAAAUAAAACCUUACAUAUAAUUUUUAACAAAACAAAAAAAAAAAAAACAAGGAUGAACUUGAUGAUCUCUCUCUCGCUCUACUCUCUUGAAGCAAAACGAAUGAGGAUUACUUGUUUUGUGUUAAUUUUUAUUUAUUUUUUAUAAUAGACAACAGGCAAAGUUAUGGUUUUUCUUAUGUCUCUGCUACAACUGCUAAAACUGUUUCUACUCAUGCACCCACAUACACCUCUAUUACUCCAUCCAUAGUGUGUUACAAAUCGUAUAUGACAUUGCAAAACUAUAAGGUGUAAAAACAUCAAGCAUACAAGGACUUUGUUAACAGGGAAAAAUAUAUACCUCACUGUAAUCAAAAUCUUGUUUAGAUAGUUUUUUUGCAAAAACUAAAAAAGUAAGAAGCAGCUAUAAUGCUCUCCAUUACCAAGAAACAAGAUGUAAAACAAUAACAUUUAAAACCAAGAAGGUGGUCGAUCUGACAUCACGGACGCAGACGCAUAAGCCAUUGAAAUACAACAUGAAAAAACUAACUGAGAAGCAAGCUACCGAGAUAAACAACUUUUUACUUACAAAAUUAUCAACAUUUUGAAUCCUUUGGCAUCACUGUAAGUUGUGUAAAAUCCCCCUCAACAAUGUGCCGUUACAAAUUGUUUCUUCUUUUUUGGUAUACUAGAUACUCUUACAUAAUGUCUUCUUUAUCUAAAAAAAAAUAACAAAGUUUCGUUAACAAUUAAUUUGAUUCAUUAUUUAAAUAUUGAAUAAAGACGUAGAUAUUGAAAUAGCACUGAUAUGAGAAAAACGAGAAAACGUUAUGUUUUGACAAAUUUGUACACAAUACCAGUUUGGCAACACCGUUAUCUCAACAAGUUCAAGUGAUGUCAAUGUCAAUACAAAAAGUAUGCCACUUUGAAAUAACAACAUAAAGAAAUGAUUCAUUGAUGAAUGUCUAAUGUAAGCAAAUGUAUUUCAGGAAAUAUUUAGUAGGAGAAUUUUAAUUAUUUCUAAAUAAAGAGAUUAAUGAGAAGCUACUAUACUGAGA